UCGGUGCCGGCGCUCGGAGUUGCCGCAGUCCGCGGGCAGGGAGCGCCCGCCGCCGCCGCUAUGGCGCACUCGGUGGUCCUGCGUGGCCCUUCGCCGUGGGGCUUUCGUCUGGUGGGCGGUAAAGAUUUCAGCGCCCCGCUGACCAUCUCCAGGAUUAACCCUGGCAGUAAAGCAGCCAUGGCAGACCUGUGCCCAGGAGACAUUAUUCUGGCAAUUAACGGAGAGAACACAGACAACAUGACACAUCUAGAAGCUCAAAACAAGAUCAAAGCCUGUGUGGACCAGCUGCUGCUCUCUGUGAACAGAUCUGAAGGGAAGACCUGGUCCCCCCCUGUCCUGGAAGAUGGCAAGGCUCAAGCAUACCGGAUCAACAUCGAGCCAGACCCACAGGACAGUGGCCCUGCCCAGAGCAGGAGGUCCAUGCCCCAUGGAGCUGGGGGCAGCCCUGUGGACAGCAAGCAGAUGCUGAACAUGCAGCAUCACCAACCAACCCGACUGUACACCAACAACAGCUCUGAGUCAGCCCUUCCAGGCCAGCUGAGUGGACUCCAUAUCACUCCUGCACACAGCAUUGACCCCGUGAAGUCUCUCCCACGGAACAGAAAUGGGAUUGAUGUGGAGUCCGAUGUCUACAAGAUGCUCCAGGAUUAUGAAAAGCCCAUUUCAGAGCCAAAGCAGUCUGGAUCCUUCCGGUACUUGCAGGGCAUGUUGGAGGCCAGUGAGAAUGGUGAAAAACUCGACAAACUGAGCAACCCCCGGAACAUCAAGUCCCCGGUGCCAAAGCUUGGUGGCCCCAUGUCUGGGCUGCAGAUGCUCCCUGAGUGCACCCGCUGCAGGAAUGGCAUUGUGGGCACCAUUGUCAAGGCUCGGGACAAGCUCUACCACCCUGAGUGCUUCAUGUGUGACGACUGUGGCCUCAACCUGAAGCAGAGGGGGUAUUUCUUCAUCGAGGAGCAGCUGUACUGCGAGACACACGCCAAGGAGAGGGUUAAGCCCCCCGAAGGAUAUGACGUGGUGGCUGUUUAUCCAAACGCCAAAGUUGAACUCGUCUAAGGCUGGGCUGUGCUCUGGAGAGGUGGGGUGGCCCACCCACGUCCUCCUGCCAGCUGCAAGCACUGGGGCUGUAAUCAACCCCCAUGACCAAAGCCCAAGUUCAAAUGCCUUUUCCUAGAUAAAACCGUUUACACUUGGGAUCUCCAGGGAAUGGUGUUGAAAGCAUUCAAACAGGUUUUACCCUUCUUUUUGACACUCUGCUUUUUGCUGUGUUGGGUUAUUAGUCUGUGCUGUAAUCUUAUCCGAGAUCUGUGUAAAUAUUGAUUAAUUCUCUACUCUCUUUCAUAUAAAACCUGUAUUCCUUUUUUUACUUUUUUUUUUUGUGCCCUCCUUCUACUGAAGAUGUUUUAGAUGUUUUAAAAGCUCAAAGAAAAUAAGGCACUUUACAAAAGAAGCUGUCUCUUAUGUCCUGACCCUAAUCUCCUGUCCUGUGGCUGCCCCAGUGAUUAAAAACCAACCCCUGAGAGUCAGGACAGUACCAGUGGGUGCCGCACUCAGCUGCAUCCCAGCAGAUGUGCCAAGGAAGGGUGGUCUCUUAAAACAGUAAUUACAGUGAGACUCUUUGGACCAGGGCAGUGCAGUUUGAGGCUGCCAAGGACUGAUUCAAGUUCCCAAGAGAUCUCCACACUGAGUGUGUCAUGGGGCCUUUUUCUUCCUCCUUCUACUACUAAUUCCAUUAUUCUGUUAUCUAAUGGCUCAAGCACACCUUGAAAGGACACUGCAGCAGCCUGGAGCAUCCUUUGAUUAUCCCCACCUCCUACAUUUCUGCCCACAGCUGCCUUUGCUUUGGCCAUUGUGACUAUUCCCCAAUUUUUGCUGUAGUUUUACAGUCCUUUAUUUCUAAAUCCUCAGAUUGCUGCUAUCUGGGUCUGCCUCCCAGCAGAGAGGGGGUGAUAAAAUCCCUCCAGGCACUUAGGGAAUAACCAGAGCUUGGGUGAGCCCCAGGUCCCAGGGCAGCAGGAUUGUGUUUAUACCUAUCUCCCAAGGCUGUGCCUUCAGCCAGGUCCAUCGUCCACUUUAUUUGACAGGGAAAAGAUUUAGUGGCUCUUGAAAUGUUUCUUUGUUAGAGAAAUGUGGUUUUUUUCAUGUUAGAGGAAGAAGAGAGGGA